AUGGUGUUGCACGGGCUUGGCAAUCGUGGGAAUAAUGGGGAAACAGAUGCUGUUGUCUUCUAUGAUCUAGCGACCGAGUGGUUAGAGAGUGUUCCCGUCAAGGGGAGGACGAAUGCCGACACGCUUCGAGCGUUCCAGCAGGUCUUCGGCGACCUUCAAGAUGUGAACUCGUUCUCCAUGGAUGUGGAGAGAAGGUAUGCACCGUCUGCGAUCCGGGAAAUCUACUGCGAUAAAGCCCGUGAGUUCAUAUCGACCUGCAAAAGAGUCGGCAUCUCUGUAAAACAUUCCACUCCUGGCAUGCCUCGCACUAAUGCCAUUGCCGAGAGCAAGGUGAAGCUUGUCCUUCAUGGCGCACGAGUGGCGCUUCGACAAGCGGGACUGAGCGCCAAAUUCUGGCCUUAUGCGUGCAAGCACUUUUGUCAUGCUCGCAACAUCGAGUUACGCGAAGGACAAAGUGCGUAUUCGCUACGAUUUAAUGGUGCCGAAUUUGACGGUCAGGUUCUCCCAUUCGGAUGUCUUGUAGACUUCUAUCCCACGCCGGCACGAAAACAAACCCGACGUAGUCAGAAAGAUGAAGUCGUACUCGGCGAUGGUGAGGAAUAUGCCGUACCUGCGCCUGGAGAUGAUGGCUUGGUCGAAGUCGAAGUUGGAUUCGAUGAUGAUGGUUAUCUCGAGUGGAUCGACGAUGGAGACGACGAUCGACCUGGAUCCCUCCAAGGACCAGACAUGGAUCAACGCCUAUCGUCCUACCAGCGCCCCAGCAAAUUCUCUCCCACGAGCAAACCCGGUGUGUUUCUGGGUUACCACUUCGAGAAUGGGGGCAGGUGGGAUGGUGACUAUAUAGUCGCCGACCUUGAAGAUUUCAAGCGCGACGCACUGCGUGCGAGCGUCCAUCAGGUCAAGAAGCUAUACUGCUCACCCAAGGAGCGAUGGACAUUUCCGAUGCUGGCUGUAUACGAUAAACAGACACGAUCAGUGUGCAUCAACGAUCCCGCGAUGCAUUCUAAUGUGCCUAAGCCAAGUGAGCGUCUUGACGCCUCCGACAUGCUCGAUCUCGAAGAUAUCGAUGAAAUCUUCGCCCUUGAUGAGUCAACGCGAAUGACCGAUGAUGAUAUUCGCCAAGCUCGCGAGGCUGAGUUACGAGCAGAGUCCUCUCAUGGAGGAGGUGUUGACUACUGGGAGUAUGACCCAUCUGUGCAUAAAUGGACGUAUCACGUCGUUGUUCCAAGGAAAGCGAUGGUUCAUCCCAGUAAGACUCCCGGUUCCGUCGGGGAGUCGCCUGAUCCAUGGAAGCUGAGCACAGUGCGUAUAUCACAUGUUCAAUACAAGGACAAAAGCCCGGUUACGAUCUAUGAGACCGGGUAUGCCUUCGGCAAAACAAGACUCAUGCAGCUCUGGACCGGCACUGUCGAAUUUUAUGAUGACGGCUAUGCCCCACCCAAGAAGAAGUUACCUCCUUACCACGGGUCGGAGAUCCUGGAAGGCGAGGGGGGUUUGCCUUAUCGUCAGAGUGUGCCGCGUUCCGAGCGGGCAUAUAAAGGGUCUCGAAAACCGAACUCUAUCGAUUCAGAAUCCUGGCGCAGUAUGAACCGUGCCGAACGGGAGGGAUAUGUAGAGGCUGAGCGCCGAGAAGCUGAGUCUCAUGCCAUGUCCCGAGAGGAUUCUCGCGAUGCUGCUCCUGUCGACAUCGCUUACGAUUCUGAAUAUGAGUCGGGUGCCGAACGACAUGACAAGGAUUACUGGUAUCACGAUGUCGCAGCUGGCACGAUCACCCGAUUUCAUGUGAUCGAACGCCGAGCGCGCUUCAACCCUACCUCCGUCAAAGAUUGUCCCGUUGAUCCUACAACAUUGACCGAUGUCAGGAUGACUAUGGCCAUGACUGACGGUACCGAGUUCACGUUGCAGGACUCAUGGAGAUCAUCCGACACUCGGUCUCUGCCGUGUCGAUGGACGGGAAAGACGGUCUUCGUUAUCGGUUCUUCCGCCAAAACGCAGAUUAAAGUUCGAACCCGUAUGCCGAACGCCGAUGACACGGGGCGCCGCGUGCAGACUGCGAAUGGCUACUAUGGACACGCAUUGCGUGCAAAUGGCCGUACUGUCGUACCUGCCAAAUCUCGCGCCUGUGUCGUUACGGAUCUUGAGUUUGAGCCCCCGGGUGGUAUGUCCGCCCGUCUUCAGCCGCUUCGCGGCAGUGGCCUCGAUGUUUGCCCGGCCAUGUACACAUACAAUGAAGGGGCAACUCAGUCCGGUGUUGACGUCCUUAAUCCUACCGACUACGAUAUUAUAGUCGAGCCCGGACAAGACGUUGCUGUGGUUCAGUUUUACACUUCCGUUCUGGCAGCGGUUGAGCUCGACUUCACCGCAGAAGACGUGGAAUGUGAUGUUUCUGCACCGGUUGAACCAUCCGAUGACGGCCGCGCUGUUGAUACAGAACCCAAGAAGGCGUCUCCCGAGCUGACGUUUGGUGAUCGCGACACCAGUGUCGCGCAGGGCUCUGUUGGUCCUCGAGAAAUUCGCAUGAUCAAAUACGAUAUGCGAUCGUUCAUGGAACAAUGUGUUUCUCGCUAUGUUGAGCUCUGUGGCCCUAAGUAUAAGGCCACCUUGCGGUCGGCUGAUACGCCAUUCCUUGAUGAAUCACGACCGGAAUUCGAUACCAAUCCGGAUCGACCUGCUGUGAACCGCUUAUUGGGCCAUCCCGCUGACACGCCUGUGCCUCCUGGUAAGGGCGUCCUCGGAAAGAAGAAGCGACCGAAGAAGGCUGCUGCCAAGACACCGGCUGCCCGAUCACCCCAGCCGAAGUCUCCCUCGCUAUGCAGGGAAGGCCUUCCGAGCGGUGCGGUCGCACCGACUACGGAAAGGCCUCCUGUUCCGCCGAUUCCCACGGAGCAGGAUGAUUCCAACAUGGGUACCGAUGAAGCCCCUGUCCCGAUUCAGACCCCGAGAGAUGAGUCCACAGGGGGUGGAAAGCGCUCCGAGGACAUUCCGAUAGGAUUGAGGAUGAAGAUGAUGAUGCUGAAGAUUGGGAUUCAAGAGAUCCCACAGGCCUCAAUCUGGCAACGCCUCGAGCAGCUGACAUGCAACUCUGGGUACGAUCUCAAGCUGCACCAGCUGGUUGACUCCUUCCUUCUCACUACUCAUCCGCUUGCGGAUAAGCAGAGGAAGCAGUACCCCCAAGAGUUUAUGGAUUUCAUCGACCGAUACAGGGUGAUGUGCGCUCUUGCAUUUUCCCGAGUGGCGACGUUGUCUGGUGACGCCGCGGGGACCGAUACGAGUAUCAAACACAACGACCUCACCAAGCUGUCGCCCAUAGAGUUGUCAAGGGAGGCGGUCAGCCAGGCUGAAGCUGUGAAGUUCUUCAAGGGAUUUCUGCAGCUCAGGCCGACGCUAUCGUUCAUCCCUGGAGCGUUUCUGGCGCUCAAGGCUCUUAACCGAUUUCCCACGCUGGACUCUUUGAAAGAGCAAGCAACUCACCUCGAUAACGAUCGCAAGGAACACGGCUACGAUCUUCCUGCCGUGGACGCGAACGGGAUCGGGGAAGCAGCCGCCUUUCGCAACGAAGACGACGAUGAGAAUACCCCGUUGAUGCGCGGGUGGGUCUCGUUCAUGAAAGCGAUGGUUGAGGCCUACCCCGGCCGGUGCGUUAGCAUCGAUGAUACGCUCAACUGGGGAGCCAGCACCCCUAUGACCUAUGAGGACGGUGCGGGGCAGACUACCAUCCGCCCGACUGAUGGAUGGGUGUAUGUCCCCGCGAUGAAUUCGGACAUAUACGAUCCUCAGGAAACGUUCCUUCACGGAACGAACCUCCGAUACCUCUGGUCGAUUCUUGCACACGGAGGUCUGUUCGGGGAGGAUUACGUGACGGACGAUCAUGGAAGUCACGAACCCUGCGUCUGGGUGACUGGACACGCUUCCGAGGCUGCCGGUAGCUACGCGUCUGGCACAUACCUCGGAGGAGGAUACUGGUUUCAAGUGAUGAUCUGCGUCUCCCGGACUGUGGUGAACACCCACGGUCGCACGACGAAGAAGCUGGGAGGAUCCCAGAAACAGAUCCGCGUCGGAACUCGAUUCCUCGAGCUGUGCGGGAUCGCGUUCAGGCCCUUCCGCCUUCUGGAUGACCGCGAGCAAGGGGUUUCUACCUCUCCACAAUACGUCAUCCAUGGUCACCGAUUCCUUAGUGCCGACGGGACAAAAGCUGUGGCCUGGCACCCAUGGAUGGAAGCGAGCCCGAUUGAUCCUCGCAUUCUGAAGCUGCUGGGAGAAAGCGUCGCUCGCGACAGUGUCGAGUUUGCCGACCUCACGAUUCAAGGGGGCAACACUACUCAACAGGUUGCUUCCACCGAGACGGAACAAUCUAGGGCGACCGCGGCUGACGAUCAGGCUGCGGAGGGUGGAAAUGAGGCGACGGACCGAGUCACAGUCCACCCAGCAGUGCUUCGCCGCAACCACUGGAUGCCUGACUCUCACGGGACCAGUGAACACGCCACUGUCGGUGGCAGGUAUGCCUUGCUAUCCGAACUUCAAUCCUCCAGCUACCGAUUCGAGCUUGCUCCAUUCUUUCAGCUUCGAGCACCCAUCAUGGGAGAGGACGGAAGCCAAGGUUUGCCAAAGCCUGCAAGGCUCGAGACGAUUGUCGGAGGACCCUCCAAGGAGUGGGAGGCAUGGUGCAGACACUACCGAAAGGCAUACGGUGUCAUGCUCGGGGACUUCGGCUACACGCCCGCCAAGAGCCUCAAGAAUAUCCCGUACAGCGAAGAAGGAACAACGGAUAUUGUUAGUGCGCCGAUUUGGAGCCCGGCCGAUGCACUUGUGGCCGUAUCGAUCCAUGGGGUCAGAACGGUCACGACCAUGGCCUCCACGAUUGCAUUUGGGGGUGCACCGCCAACGAUCAAGCCGGCGGUACCCAGCAAACCGCAGAGAUUCGUUGUUAUGCACGAUGGCCUGCUGUCCUUCAAGUCUGCCAAAUCUUGGCAUGAUGGUGGGAUGAACGUGCGCGUGCAGGCGUUCGACGAGGACAACAAGCUCAAGGAUAUGGUCGACACUCUCGCGAUGACGCAGAGCGAGACCUCCAUCCCGCCAUCGAAUGUGCACGUCCUCAUCCUUUGGAGAGGAGAGGAUCUGUGGAAGAUAGACCAGGGCUGGAACAAGCUAACUGGCGAUAUCGAUAUGGCACGAUCUCAAUAUGCCAAGACGACCGCCCGGGAUGCUCUCGAGAAAUACAAUACGAUCUACGGAUCGGUGUCCCUUUGCGGUCCGGUGUCGCCGAGCAUGGUGUACCUUCCGACUCUCCCUGGCCCUCUCUUCGAGAAAUACAGAGAGGAGAUGAGAUCGAUCUGGGACGCGAUCAGGAGAUCCAACCUCCUUACCCUCUCUUUUGACGCUAUCCUGGAAGGUCUGCCAUACCUGAAGGGAUAUCAUAUUAUGCAUGAGUCCAAGACGAUUGGGGUCCUAUGUACCCGCAUUUGCUCGAUGUUCACUCUUGCUGCUCUCGCACGAUUUCCGUCUUACGGGACCCGCCGGGAGUAUGAGAUCGCUGCCGAGAAGAUGUGGGCACGCACCCCAGUCCCGGAAGAGAACUCGCCGGGCGCGGUGAAGGCCAUUGUGCACUCCACUGUGCAGGACCUCAUCGAUGGUGCAGAUCGCGGCGCCGAUCAUCAAGCCGCAGAGACUGUCGACAUGACUCAGCUAGGUUUCGAUGAUGACGAUGAUGACGAUAUGCCUGACGACGUAGGUCCGACCGCUCCCGGAAAUCCGAUCAAACAGGAACAGGGAACAUUGGCGGAUCUACCGGGUGUUCGUCAUCCGGAUCCGAUCGCGCUUCCAGCUACUCCCGUGCCUGGCGAGGCAAUGCCAGUGUCACCUGGCCUUGCUCCGACUGCCAUGAAUGAUGAAGAAUCUGGCAGCAGUUCCGAUGAGAACGAUCAGCAAGGGGAUGGUGACGCGGCAAUGCCCACAGUCAAAAAGGAGGAGUCCGAUGAAGAGUUCAAUGGGCUUCUCGAAGGAAUGACUGAGGAAUUCGCGAAAAUGCCCAUUCCUCGAGAUGCCGAGCGAACUGUCGCUGCCAAUCGGGACGCUGCACGACCGCCUGCCGUGCCCUCGAUUCCUCUCUCUACGAUGAAGAAGCCGAAGCCGGUUGGUGGCGAGGAAGCCGCGGGGCCCACCGCCGAAAAUCGACAAGCUUAUGCGCACUUCGAGAGCCAAGUCAGUGAAGCUGAAGCUCGCCGCGAACAAGCUGCGGCAAUGAAAGCGCAUAUCGCUGAAGUGGCAAAGGGCGCCGCCGGUGUUGAAAAUGCCGAACAUCUUCGAUCCAUUGCCGAUGGGCUAGCCAAGGUCUUGGACCCGAACAUGAGCGAUGACAAUGUGUUUCAGGGUGCCUUGUAUCCCCCGGGUGACUAUGCGCUUGACGCUGUCACGAACCGACUGGCUCAAGGCAGACGUCGGGUUGAAUCGAACAGCAAUCUCAUCAGGGAGAUGGCCAGCGACCAAUUCACGCCUGUGCUCAUCAACCGAGACACUGGUGAGACUGUGUCUGCCAUCGAUGCACGAUGGACUCCAGAGUAUGGAAACAGGGGGGAGCUUGAAGCUAAGGUUGGAGCGAUCAUUUCCAACCUGGAUGCAGUGGUUGCAAGCAUGUCAACCCUCCCCGUGUUCCACCCGCACAUUCCGUCGACGUAUGGUAUGGCUCGAUCGCUUCUCAACACAUACCAGUCGUUGCAGAUUGCCAUCCGACACCGUGGCAUGGGUGCGAUGUCCUUUGAGCAGAUGGUAUUCAAACCAGAGGACCUUGAGGUUCCGACCCCCGAUGAUUGGCCGGACCUCAUCGCGCCUACUCCUGGAAAAGUCAUUCAAUCCAUGCGGGUGGCCCUGGUGAACAACACGGCGGCAAGGUUGACGAGAGAGGACCUCAAACUGCCACCGGGCUUCACCAUGCAACGACGAGUGACUGAGUUCCGUAAGCCGGAGGAAGAUCCAGUGCAGAGCCUGAUGGGGCUCACCGAUGACUUGAGCUACGGCACUACUGGUCGAUCUGGGGAUGACAGAUUGUCCCAGUUCCAGCGUAGUAUGGCAGUACAGCUGCGGAACACUGCUGGAUUCCUUGCGAGUGAGUUCCAGAAGCAUGCCCGAUCUAUUGCCGCUUCUUCCUCGCGUCGCAGUGAUGCUUCAGGUGCCCUGAGUAGCCAGGGUGAUGGCGUGGCGGACAACGAUCUUCCGUCCACUGAACAGGUUAGUGUUGCAUCCGAGCGCGCGAUUGCGCCGCCUCCGCCAAACGUGGCUCCUCCUCCUCCGCCUAUUGCGGCAGCACCUCCGAGGGCGUCCGAAGAGAGUGCAAAGGAGGAUGACGAUGAUACCAAAAUGGAUGAUGACACGGCCGGUCAGAAACCCGAGCAGAAACCCGAGGAGGACGCAGAUAUGGGUAGCGGGAAGGAGCUGCAAGACGAGGUCCCCGGCAAGGCCCCGCCGCCAGCUGCCCGAACCGCUGAGAGCCCUCCGGAACACGGCCUGCGUUCCAGUCCUCCGAAUGACAUGGUUGCUCAGGGAGCCGCGCUCUCCGGUGCUCGAGGACCGGAAGUCGAUAUUGAUCCGGCCAGCACCACAGCCGAUCAGGCGGCAAAUGAUCCGAGAAACUGCCGGAUCGAGGGCCCUGGUAUCAAGGCGACAACGAUUCAUCGCCCCGAUCAGCUGCCCGAAAGGGGUAUUGACUCCAUUGCGCCAAUCGUGCAGUACGAAAUGACGUCUGUCCCGAUUGCACUGCCAGAUUUCGUCGUUCCGGGACUCGACAUGGGCAUCGAUGACUCCGUCCAUGGUCGAUUGGUCUCUGUGACCUGUCUCCCACCGACUGACGAGCAGCGCAAAUAUUCAAGACGCCGAUUUGCUAUGCUGUCCUCGAAUCAGACAGUGUACUUGGGUAUGGCGCUUCACAAGAAACCGCUUAAAGGAGAACACGAUUCUUUCCUCCGACCGGAAUCUUAUGAGGACUGCCGCGAGAUCCAUGAAGCUGUCCGAGCCUACAAUGCCAAGGAGGCGACAUACCGAUCUAUCGGCGGAACAUCAGUGUCAUGCAGCCGAUUGCUCAUCGAUGACGCACAAAAUAUCCCUGCCGCCAGGAUUCCGGACGCAGGCAUGAUCAGUUUGGUGCGUAAGCUGUUGUUCCGAGUGCUGACGCAAACAAAGAGUGGCAUCAUCGCUUUCGAUGUCAUUCCGAUGUACAUGGAACGCGAGAGGGAAUACAUGAAGGCCAACGCUGGCGAGUUCAGCGGCCGGACGCUUCUCCAGACUAGCAUUCUGGACGAUGACGAUAAGCCGAGUGAGCUCACCGUCCAGUGCAUUACGGAAAUUGCUCGAACGGACAACAACCGAAUGUUUGAGUUCUUCUACUCGACGAUCAACGACGAUGGAAGUCCUCAAUUUGUUGGCGUCCGAGCAACCUAUGGUUUCGGUCCCGAUAACUUCAACCGAUUCCGAUUGCUGAUCAAGUGUCAGCACGGGCCAUUCACUCAGCUCGCUCAAGAACAUUAUGUCAAUGGCGAGAGGAGACGAAAUGUGGCCCGAUAUCAUCCCCAGUACGGAUGGGGAUGCGCAACGAUUCGCGAGUUCUUCGGAUACAUGAACGAUUGCAAGCUCAACCCCCCAAAGGGGCAACUCUUCCUCACACUGCUCCCGUAUGCCCCUGGGUCUGGGAAGAACAACGAGUGGGAAGAGGUGUACAUGAACGUCCGAAUGAACCCGGGACGUGAGACGCUCUCGAACACCGCGUCAUCACAAAGCAUGCUCCCCGAAGGUAUGGGAUCCAACCGCAUGAUUGUGUUCGCGAUUGAUUUGCACAUGAUUGCAGCAGGUAUCAAUCCGAUUACAUUCCAUCCGAGAGGGUACUACGCGAUCAAGGACAGUAUCCCUCUCGCAUGUAUGCCGAUUGCAUACUUCAUGGAUACGGGAUCUCUAGUGUUCAACACGGCCUUCAAAUAUAUCGGAGGCCCGAAGUUUGGCACUGGACCCAAGAGGGGAGACCACAGACGAGAAACGUGGCCACUCGCUAGCUUCGACUGCCCCAUGUGCGGAGCUUCAUUCCCUGUUGGUCUCCACAUGUGUCACUCUUGCACUAAGCCGAUUCACUAUCCUGAUGGGAUGUUCUACGCCGACCCUGUGAACCCCUUCCAGGUCGAAUAUUACGGAAGUCAUGCUGAGUGGCUCAAUGAUCUGAUCGAGCGUAACAAGCUUACCGAAUUCCAGCUUCACGAGUUUCCUGCGAUCAAGCAGCUGAGGAAUUUCCCGGUGUCUAGGUCUCUCGCUGAGGACCAUAGGCAGACCGCAUUCUUCGGAGUGCCACCGAUCAAAUGCACCGCUGCUGACACAUCGCCGAAGGAAGUGGAACUGUUCAAGAGAAGCGUGCGCGGUACGAUUCAGGGCGCCAUUCGCUUGGACAUUUCCAUUGAGAGGCUUGUUGCCGGUAUCACUGGCAAGGAAGCUCGAUGUGGAGUAGAAGACUUCUUCAACUCACAGUCGAUCGCAUGUGCUGCCACGAUAGUCAAGCACUUUGGAGCGGUCUUCGCCACAUGUCGCGAAAAGCCGUUGUGCUACUAUGCACGUUGGUCGAUUCACUGCCAGCGCGCAUAUCGAGUAUGCCUGUCGCGAGGGUAUCUAUCCCCCUAUUACACAGGUGUGACGGUCGAUUAUACCGUCGACCAAGAGAUGGCAGAAAAGAUCCGACUUGCUCAUCUGCCCUUGCAAAACGCCAAUUUGGCGAUGAGGCGGCACAUUCGACUCUCCACCGAGUUUGGAACGUUGGAUGAAUUCCGUGCCACUAUCACGGAUACGCAAAAGUAUCAACGAUACAUGCGUGUCGACAGUGAGAGCCUUUCCGCGCUCCUGGCCAAGGUUACCCUUACCACAUGCUACGGCAUUCCGACAAAAGGUGAGCCUGGCUAUAUCUCUGACGAUGAAGCAGAAGAGAUCGAAGGAGCCGCAGCGGCAAGCGAGAAGCCCAAAGGGAAAGGCAAAGGGGAAGACGAAUCCAACGUCCAAGCCAUCAACUGGCGUGAGUUGGAUCCCUUAGGACGGAAGCUUAUUCCGCAUCACUCUGAUCCCCGAUUCACGAUUAUUGCUGAGGGGAAUACGGCACUCCUUGAUGCAGCCGAAACGCCGGAAGAGACGCGUAAGGAAUUCAAGGAGUUCGUCCGCGAUCACUCUAUCAAGAUCAAAGAAUGCUUUGACGAUGAUCGUGCGACAGAGAAGACAUUCUUCAAUCUUGUUGAAGGUGUCAAGGAUCAGCUUCCCGAUGCAAAUAGCACUGACCCGCUUCUGAUGAAAAGGGCUGAGGACGUCUUCGAGGCUCUCCCCGAUGAACUGGAUGAUCCUCCAAGAGUGUUCGAUGUUGCGGCUCGCCAGGCACGGCGGCGAGACCCUGCACCUCAGCGCAGAGUGCAGGUCACCGAGCAAAGACAAGCGCCGAUCCCCGAGGCUCAUGCCGUUCCCAUUCCUACGGAUGACGAGGAUGAGGAUGAUACUGAGCUCGAUCGAGCGGUACGACCCGAUCCAACAUCACAGCGCACCGGACGAGAGCAUCACGGAGGUGUCGCUCCCGAGACGACUCCGCCACCGCCUCAUAACAUGCCGCCGCCAUCAAAUUUGCCGACUCGAAAAUCACAUCGGCAAACAGGCUACGGCGCCGCCCAUCCUGAUGGAGAACCGUUAAUGGUGUCGGGGAGGGCAGAAUACUCCGAUCGGAUGCGGUUGCCCUCAGUGUUGCGAAUGAAGACUCGGGUUCCGGAGUCGGAUCUGGAUAACCCGACGAUUGAGGACAUCAUUCGCAUGUAUCAUGCGCCGAACACGCUUUCCAUCAUCAGGAAGAAAGCCGCAGCCGUCAUCAUCGCGAUGGGCGCAAAUCCCGAUGACGAUAUUAAUAUGAGGGCGGCUGGCGUUACUGUUCCCCAUACCGGGAAUACGGGGACGGGGCGAGCAGCAUCGCCUGGAAGUACGUCCGCUGCUACACAGGAGCGGAUUAAUCCCCAGUUCCCGGCACCUAGCGUUCGCGCUGCGUCGAAUCCGCCAUCGAAGUUGCCUCGCGAUGAAAAGUGGGCUCCCUCGAUUGCGCGACCAGCGCCGGCUCAGGUGAUCAAAAGUGCAGAAGCACGGGGACGCACGCAACAGCGUGCUGCUGAAGAAACGAAUGUUGCUCCGCCAGCUCCUUCCGAUACUGCCUCUUCGGAGCCGCGAUCUCGAACGAUGGGCCCAGCCAAAGAAACCACGGCUAAGGGCAAAUCCCGAACCGGAUCCAACGUGACAGGCCUCAUUGAUGAAGCUGAUGACACGAGGUUGGGAACCAGCCAGUGGACUCCAAGUCAAAGAUUCCUGCUCUUGCAGGGAGAAGCAAGAAAGCCGCGUGUCAUUGACAACUUGAGGGACUCUGGCGUCAAUGCAUCGUUCGGGUCCACAUCCCUGCUGCAGCUUCACGACCUGGAUUUCGUCGCCUCCAUGGCUCUCUUCGUCGCGAAGGUUUGGAGCGACAAGGAGAAGGUGCGUGUUUCCCUUCAAUCGGGUGAGGUCCUCGAAGGCGAGUGGCACCCUAAGAGCAGAGAUGCGCAUUGGGUUGGGAGAUGUCUUGACCUCUCUAAAGCCUACAAGCAAGUGCCGGUGGCUACAUGUUCGCUGAAAUACGCUGUCAUUGCCAUGCCAUCACGAGAAUCAAAAUGGACCUUUUACCUGGCCCGAGGUCUACCAUUUGGUGGGUCGGGUUCGGUUUUCUCCUUCAACAAGAUUUCCCGUGCAUUGUGGCACGUAGCAGUGGUGAAGCUGGGACUUGUCACCUCAGUCUAUGUGGACGAUUACCCGACCUUCGAGAUUGUUCCAUUGGCCGCUAACGCUUCGGAUUCGUUCUCCCGGCUGCUCAACGCUUUGGGGUGGAUUCACGCCACCACCGGGAAGAAGGCUGUGGAUUUCGCGAGCCAGUGGGUUGCCUUGGGGGCGGAGUUCGACUUCUCCAGUCUCCACCAAGGAUCUCUUGAGGUUAGAAACAAAGAAGGCAGAGUUGACCGCAUCAAGUCGAUUGCCCAGCAACUGAUCAAGCAGGAUUCCAACGUUAAGCAGCUUGCCACUUCGCUUCAUGGACUCUUGAACUUCGCCAGUGGUUUCGUCCUGGGCUCCGCUCUGAAGCCUAUUGCGAGGGAGUAUUCGAAGUUGGCUGCGAGGCCGGCAACGUUUUCUUCGGAGGCCAUUGUUCGCCUCAACGACAUGCUUUGCUCAGUCUUCUGUGCGAUGAAGCCCAGGACUUUGCGAGUGACCGAUCCUCGUGAACCUGUGAUCGUGUAUACUGACGGCUCUCUUGAAGGCGAUCAGGCUCUCUGGGGAGUCUUCUUAUGUGACCUUGAGACGCAGGAGAGGUUCGCACUGUCUGGAUGCAUCCCUGAAGACAUCCGGCAACAUUGGCUUCUGACCGUUGGGGAGCAGAUCAUAUGCGAGAUAGAGCUCUUCGCUGUCUUGUGCGCUAGAUGGCAUUUCGGAAAGCGGUUAACGGUUAUGCGCUCGAAAGGGCUUCGUCUUUGUGGACAACAACUCCGCCUUGGCCACGCUCAUCAAGAGAUCGAGCCAGUCAGAGGCCAUGUUUAG